GAGUAAGUUCUUCUGCAACUAUCGAAAGACUUACAAGCAUUAAUCGCCGGUUUCCCAGCUACGUUCAACCAUUCGUUAGUGUUCUUGGUUUGAUAACUUCAUGUAAUGCGUUUCCGAACUACGUAAAUUGAGUUUUACUCCGUUAAAACAUACAGCAAUUACAUGUACUUGGUUUGCAUAAGGUAUUUUUUUCUGACCACUCGUUUGCCGUCCAGAUUAAAAAUAAAUUGGACCGUGCAGAAAAAGUGUUCCGCUGAAAACAUCCUUGACGACCCUUAGUACCAAAAAGACCUGAAAAGGAAUAUUAAUAGUGUUGAAUUAAAUAAAGCUAAAAAUACAGCGUUAAUUUUUUUAAUAUUAUCUUUUAUCUUACUGGGUAAUAUGCUUAAUUACUGAUGCCAUUAAGACCUUCUGUCAUCAUAAUAAAAUAAGGUCGAGAAUACACAUGUAAGUAACUGCCACAUUAACAUGCAAGUACCUGGCAUGUUUUACAUGUUGGUACAAGCCAGCGGCGGCGGGUACGUGUUGUCAUCGACACCAGACAGAGGAAUUGUAAAUGCGUUGCCGGCCUAAUAUGCAUAGAUGAUUUCACUUUUUUGUUAUUAACUAUAUAUUUGUAGGAUAGCCAAAAAUAAUGUUUCGUUAUAAAUAAACUGAACUGUCGUUAGGCAGAAAACAACAGAAUUGCUUUAAGGUGCUGAAACAAGUCAAGUAUUUUUACCAAAUAAGAUACGCAUAUCAUACAUUUUUCGUUGAUAAUUAUUAUAAUUAGAGGUAAUUGACAACAGUUUUGCUUAUAAAGACUUGUUUUUUUGUUAAAAGCAUUCUCCACAAUUAUGUUUUCAAACAUUUUAGUAACGCACUUCUACUUGGCAAUUGUGUGUGUUUACGCAUCGAAGAAUCAGCCGCCAACAUACCAGCUUAAUGACGGACGACAUAUUCCCAGCUUCGGCUUAGGGACUUGGUUUGGGGUUUCCAAUACAUCAUUUAAUCCAGUGGACGAGGAAGCAUCGGAACGGGCAGUGGGCUGGGCAAUCGACGCAGGUUAUAGACUGUUUGAUACCGCCUUCAUAUAUGGCACAGAGAAAUCGGUGGGUCGUGGAGUGAAACGAAAGAUCAGUGAAGGAGUAAUUAAAAGAGAAGAUGUUUUUAUAUGUACAAAGCUUUGGGUCGACUCUUACGGCCGUGCGGCCGUUGUUCCGGCCCUACGUAAAUCUCUGGAAGCACUCGAUUUGGACUAUGUUGACUUGUAUCUUAUACAUUUCCCUAUCGGACAAUUUGCCAACGGUACCUUGGACCUGACUGACUACAGAGAGACUUGGCAAGGCAUGGUGGACGCGAAGAGGCGUGGUCUCACGCACUCCAUCGGCGUCGCCAACUUCAACGCGCACAUGAUGGACAGACUCAUCAAGAGUUCGUGUGUGAAGCCGGCAGUGGCGCAAAUUGAGGUGAACCUCAACAUCCAGCAGCCGUCGCUGCUGCAUUACUGUUGCCAGCACGAUAUAGCAGUGAUGGGCUACACGCCGUUCGGUUCUCUGUUCCCUGAGCGCGCGCUGCCCGGGGCGCCGGGCCCGCGUGUCGACGAUCCUCUGCUGAGACAGAUCGCCGCGGCACACAACAAGACAGUGCCGCAAAUCGUAUUGAGAUAUUUGUAUGAUCUGGGAGUCAUUCCCAUACCAAAGUCGAUUACAAAGUCUAGAAUAGAAGAAAACAUUGACAUAUUCGAUUUCGAUCUGUCGCCAGAGGAGAGCAUUGCACUUGGAGGCUACGAUGUGAACUACAGAAGUGGCAAGAUUUGGUCUGACUCACCUUAUUACUUAACUAAACAAUUUACAUCGAAGUAGUAUUUUCGAUUGGAAUAUGGAUAGCAAAUGGAAGUUAUUAAAAUCAAACAAUGUUUUUAUUAUUAGUUAUAUUUUAUUACAUACAAAUGUAAGUCAUACUCGUGUAGAUACCACAAAAUGCCCCAACUAAGUUAUACAUUAAUUACGAGCUACCAGCUGAUCUAGAAUAUAAUCCAAUAAAACUUCAUUAUAAAAUUAACAAAUUAAUAUUUACGAAAAACUAAACGAAACUGAUUAUUUGGCGUUUGUUGACGAUAAAAUGAGAAUGUAUUAGAAUAUAUUAUUACCCAUAUAAUUACAAUAUUGAUUAUAAAUAUGUAUCUUAUUCACACUAAGCAGCUACUUCAGCAUGUUCUAUGAAUAUCUAAUUCCAGUGAUACUAAAGAAUUACCGCUAUCGACACUUCAUUAGUCGAAAUUUUGUUACUUCGAGUUAUUAUAGAACGAUUACAUAGACGAAUUAAGACACAAUAGUUAGCCUUAUUUUACUUAAUUAGUUGCUUAACAAUCCAACCUGUAGAAUUCGAAAUUAUCAUUAUGGCAACACUGCUAGAGUGUUACCAAAUAAAGUCAUAUUACCGAUAUUGAUAUAUUUCGGACAAUACAGGCUGGUAAUAAAUUACGAAUAUAUACUUCUCUAAUAAUAAAAAAAACUGCGCUACUGUAAAUUGUACACAUCUAACCUAUUUGAAUUGGUGUUUCAAUACCUUCAGUGGACGAAUCGCUUUCGCGGGCAUCUUCCUAUAACCUAUAAUUAUUCAUUAGUUUCAUACAUAAGUAAUUUUAUUUUCAAUUUGGUUAAGGCACAAAACGUAUUACAACAAACGUUUAUCAAUAUAUUUAUAUAUUUUUUGUCCUUUCCAUAAAUCAUUAUAAACUCAUUUUGUUAUAAUAUUAAUAAUAACAUGCUUUAAUGUUAAUAUAGUAAAAGUUAAUAGGUUACUAAAUCCAAGUUAACUCGAAACGAUACAAAAAACACAAAACACUACUAAACACAUUCCAAAAAAUGACAGCUGUCAACAUAAUUGCCAGUUGUGUGCAGAUAACUACCAGUACUAUAAAAUAAAAUUAAAGAGAUUGCAAAUUCAAAAAAACACAUGCAAAAGUAACAAAAAAAACGGAGAUCGAAUAAUUUAGGCACCAUUUAAUUUAGCAAAGAAUAAAAUAUUUAAUGUUAAUUAGACAAACAUGUUAUGUUAUCAUAAACAAAAAUUGCACCGUAUAAAUAUUUCCACUAUAAUAGACUUUAUAACAAAAAUAUAUUUUAACUUAUUACGUAGUUGUCUAUGGCACAUUUCAUAAUCUGUCUU